UUAACCGGAAGUUGGGGAUGUGUUACCCUUCACUGGGUGCGAUUGACUGUUUUAUGCACGCAGAGCGAUGCUGGCGAUCAGAAAUGUUGGAUUUAUGCAAUGCGUCCUUUCCCAGCAUAGGCUAAAAUAUUCGGUAACAGAGUUCGGUUUGAGAAGUCUGUUCAGCGCGUCAGCUGAGGUCAAGAGCAGCGAUGACAUGCCAAUACAGAUGGAUAAUCCAUACAAGGAACUGCCCAAAGGCUGUAUACUUUGCAAUAUCACAGUGGAUCAUAAAAAUGUGCAGCUCCUGUCUCAGUUUGUCUCACCUCAUACCGGCCGCAUUUAUGGAAGGCACAUAACAGGCUUGUGCGGCCGGAAGCAAAAAGAAGUUUCUAAAGCCAUAAAGAAAGCUAUCAACAUGGGUUUUAUGUCUGUGACAUUCAAAGACCCCUCUUUCCUGAAGGACCCAAACAUCUGCAACAUCAAGCAUCUGGAGUAACUGCCCAAACCUUCUGCUGCCACAGUAAAUCUGAAUGUACACAGUAAAGUGCUUGCCCCUUUUUAAUUCAUGAAACUUGGAUUCCUUUGUAUAAAUAAAUAUGCUAUUCUCCCA